AUGGGCGUGUAUGUGCCUCCAGGCUAUUCGCCUCCCUUUCAGGUGGUAGACGACUCCCAUCAUGGCGCCUGGAUAAUCAUCACCGGCGCUCUGGGACUAGUUGUAUCGCUAGUCAGUUUUUUGAUUCGUCUUUAUGUGAGACUGGUGCUUAGCCCGCCGUUCGCAUACGAUGACUUUGUCCUGUUGGGAGCAACGAUUUUUGCAGUUGUCCAAACCUCGCUCUUAUUCGGCGCUGUGUCUCAAGGUUUUGGAACAGCUAUUGAUCUGCUACAGCACGACCAAGUGGAUAACAUUCAGACAGCACGUGCCCUGAUUCCCAAGAAUAUCAGAAGGCCAACCUCUAACAAAGAUAUCUAUAGUUAG